CGUCCUUGAUUCAAAGUCUAAAAGCCAUGGCGUGAGUAGUGACCCCUCUCACCCACGUCUUAAAACCUCUUUGAUUGUCAGAAUGGCUGCCUAUAAAUACUGCUACUCCCAUCUCAAAGCACAUAACUUGUCCAAAAACAUCAAUUGCUUUCAUUGAUUUGAUAUCUUAGAAAGAGCUAAGUGAUCAUAACAAUGGCGGAUGAGGUAGUUCUUUUGAGUUUCUGGCUCAGUCCUUUUGGAAUGAGGAUCAAAAUCGCCUUGGCCGAGAAGGGAAUCCAUUAUGAGUACAAGGAAGAGAACCUGCAAGACAAGAGUCCUCUGCUUCUCAAGAUGAACCCUGUUCAUAAGAAGGUCCCUGUUUUGAUUCAUAAAGGCAAACCCAUCUGUGAAUCCCUCGUCAUUGUUCAAUACAUUGAUCAGGUUUGGAAGGAGACAUGUCCUCUGCUGCCCUCUGAACCUUACCUCCGAGCUCAAGCCAGGUUUUGGGCUGAUUUCAUCGACAAGAAGAUAUUCGACUCUGGUAGGAAGACAUGCAUGUCAAAAGGAGAAGAGACUGAGGCAGCAAAGAAGGAGCUGAUUGAGUCCUUAAAAGUGUUGGAAGGAGAGCUUGGAGAGAAGCCCUACUUUGGGGGAGAGAAGUUUGGGUUUGUAGAUUUGUGCCUCAUCCCCUUCUACACUUGGUUUUACUCCUAUGAAACUUUUGGGAGCUUCAGCAUGGAAGUUGAGUGCCCAAAGCUUAUUGGUUGGGCUGAGAGGUGCUUGGAGAAGGAGAGUGUGUCAAACUCCCUUGCUGACCAACAAAAGGUCUACCAGUUCUUUGGGCAGAUGAGGAAGAUGUAUGGGAUUGAGUAGAGUUAAAGAUCAAAGAGGAGAUUGGGUGAAAAAUAUAAUAAAUAAAGACUGCUACGCUAUGGAGCAGGAAGUAUGAAGGGGUCUUUCCCUUUAAUUUUUAUUUUUUUUGGGUAGAAUUUCCCUUUAAUUUUUGUUUUGCUGGAAGAAAGGAGAGAGAUCGUGAGAUUUUCACAUGUCUUUUGUAUUCUUGUAAUUUUCACCUUUCUUUUUUUACUUUGUAGCUGAAUGAUAGUGAUAAUUCCUUUCAACAUGGUUUAGCUUCAUACA